AUGAGCGCGUCUUUCCCUCAAUCUGACUCCACCACAUCACUGCUCAAAACAUCCACCGCGCAAAGGCACAGGAGAAGUCAGCACAGCCACCCGCGUCCCGGAGAGUCCCACUGGCCCACGGAAGGGGACGUCACAGCCCGGAGACCACUUUACUGUCACCCAUCGCUCACGGACAAUUACCACGAUGUCCAAAACCAACUGGACGCGCGGGAGCUGAGUGACGAGGCGGACGCGAAGGAGCGCUCCGGCAAAUCUCACAGACACCACAGCCACCACCACCACCAUCAUCAUCAUCACCACCACAGGAGGAAGCACCACAGAUCGCCCCAAGAUGACCCUGCUCCACGCGGACCACAGCAGCCCGAACCUGCGCGCCGCUGCCACACGCACCCCCCAUCACGCCACGCUUCAGAAGAGCUGUCCGAGUGCCACGAUGACCGAGCUCCGCUGUUUGGGGACCAGAAGGCAAACGCUGUGGCGGUGGCGGCUGCGGGUGCAAACGGGGCUCGGGUGAAAGGGAAGAGAGACGGUGGCAGCAGCUCGUCCCCCUCCACGUGCUCCCCGGUGCCUUUGUCUAGCAGCAGUUCGUCUCGGAGGUACCGCAGGUCAAGCGCCGUGUCGGUGGUGUCCGACUGCCAAUUACGCACAAUCCUGAGCUCGCUUUUUGGCCAGGACAGAGAGCUGCGGCCAGAAGAGCUGGAGGAGUUGAGAGAUGCGUUCAAAGAGUUUGACAAAGAUAAGGACGGAUUCAUCAGCUGUAAAGACUUGGGAAAUUGCAUGAGGACGAUGGGAUACAUGCCCACAGAAAUGGAGCUCAUCGAACUGAGCCAACAGAUAAACAUGAACUUGGGAGGUCAUGUGGAUUUUGAAGAUUUUGUGGAACUGAUGGGCCCUAAACUCCUCGCCGAAACAGCAGAUAUGAUUGGUAUAAAAGAAUUAAAAGAUGCCUUUAGAGAGUUUGACACGAAUGGAGAUGGUGCAAUAAGCCCUGCUGAACUACGUGAUGCAAUGAGAAAACUUUUAGGGCAGCAGGUCGGGCUGAAAGAGGCUGAAGAUAUUUUAAGAGACGUGGACUUAAAUGGCGAUGGACUUGUGGAUUUUGAAGAGUUUGUUCGAAUGAUGUCGCGUUAA